AUGGCAGAUAACGUCGGUCUUACCACGCCUAGAGGUAGCGGUACCUCGGGCUACGUUCAAAAGAACCGCUCGCUCCUCCGACCACGCGACAAGGUAGCGCCUUACCCAAAAGACUGGGACUCGGCGAAGCACCGCCCAAGACAGCCAGAUGCGGAGAUCUUGGAGCAUGAAGCAAAAAGAGAGAUCGAAGUGAAGGUCUUCGAGUUAAGGGACAAACUUGAAGAUGAGGGUGUCGAUGAAGACGAGAUCGACGACCAAUGCGAAGCUCUACGCCGGAAACUUGAUCAAGAGCGAAAAGAAGGAAAAGAAACGAACCCCAACGCUAAGCGACUGAAGUCACAUCAAGUCCAUGAUCUGGCUAAAGCAAAGAUUGAAGAGAGUGAGAGACUUAGGAAGGCAUUAGGCAUCAGCGCAGACUACGAAGAAGGUAGCCACUGGAGAAAACAAGAAGAAAGGAUGCGAGAGAGUCUCGCCAAGCGAGAGGCUGAAGACGAGGAGAAGGUCGAGCGGGCGAAAGAGGCCAGGCGGUACAAAGAGGACGACUCCGAUUGA